CAUGGAUUCAUUUUAAAAACUUCUUGUGCUCAAAAAAUUAACAAGAAGCAAAACAAAGGAAAGAAGUUAUCGAAGCAACAGAUGAUGCCAUACAUAACUUUUAUUUUACGAUCAUCUCCACGCAGAUAUAUCUUAGCUGUCAGGAUUAUGUGAUCUGUAAAUGACGUUUCCCUAUAGCUUUGUCACGUGAAUCAAUUUAAAAAUACCACUAUUACGUAAUAAAACAUCAUUUCCUGUUACCUGUAUCCAAUUUCAGACUUGCUUUACAACUAUACGAUAAAUACGAUAGCUGUAAUCAAGAAUACGCCCAUUAUAAUGACAAAUAUAGGUUUGCUUUAAAAAUCAAGUCAGAGAGCGAUAAACGAUUGUCAUUGAAACACAAAACUUUUUACAAUAGACUGCUUAUCAGAAUUUGCAAGUUCUCUUGUUAUCUUAUUUAAUUAAAAGUAAAAUGGUUUGUAUUUUCAAACAAUUAUGGAGGGUGAAUUUUCAAGUUAAACUUUAUAAUCCUAUAAGAAUAACGAAAUUACUCAAUUGUAACAUAACCGAUGUAGAAGAAGAAUGGAACAAAACCAAGCAAGCCCCUAAAUAUUUUAAUUUUUUUCAAGAUGUUAUCCAAUGCUGGGAAUCGAAGGAAAAAAAGUUUGAAAGAAAAGAAAUGCCAGCAUUUUGGUAUGUUGAUGAAAAGAAUAAUGAAUUAAAAUGGAGUUUUCAAGACCUUGUUUUGCAAACAAAAAAUUCUAAUGAUCAAGAUAUUUCGAAUAAUCUGCAUAGAAUGGCCCAAGUUUUGAAGUCAUCGGGUUUAGAAAGAGACGAUAAAAUGAUUGUUAUUCUUCCGAAAAUACCAGAAUGGUGGUUGAUCAUAUUGGCAUCCUUCCAUAUUGGAAUUGUAAGUGCGCCAGGAACCACUCAGUUAAGAAGUAAAGACAUCCUUUAUAGAAUUAAUUCAAUUCAAGCUAAAUGCAUAGUCGCAGAUUGGGAAACAUCUGAAAGAGUUGAUCAGAUAGCAAAGAACUGUCCAUCACUGACUUGCAAAAUUCUUUGUUCUGAAAAACAAAAGAAAGAAGGUUGGAUAGAUUUGAAAAGUGUUCAUAAAAAUUCGUCGCCGUUAAAUGAGGUUAGUUUUUUAUAGCCUAUCUGUAUUGUUAAUGUAUAUUAAAACGCAUGUUUAAUUAAGUAACGAUCAUAUUAAUUUUUCUAUAUUUAUAUAUAUUGAAUCUACAUAAAUUUAGAUUGUUAAAACCAAAAUAAAUGACACAAUGCUUAUAUAUUUUACGAGUGGAAGCACCGGACAUCCAAAGCCAGUUCGGCAUACUCACGAAAACAGUUUCGCAGCGUGUAUUAAUCGUAGGUAAGUGGGGGAAUAUAUACAAGAUAACCCUAUUUAAAAUUUAUUUCAUGUGGUUUUAUUUAAAAAAUAUUCCAAUUAUUUACGUAAUCAAUUAUUCUAAAAAAUAAUUAUGAAUAAGAAAUUAUGUAGAAAAAAUUCAUUUCAAAGAUACCAUCAAAUGAAAGCACAGUUAUAUUUUACAAAAUGUUAUGGAAAUGUUAUACUUGAUAAUCGUAAUCAUAUGAUGAAGAAUAUUGAUUUAAUUUACUAUAAACAUAAGUGUCAUAUUUCCACUAGUAUAUAUUCAGAUAAUUUUCCAACAUUUUCGUUUGUAAUUAGACGUUUGUUUGACUUCUUGUUCCUCACACCCUCGAUGAUUAACCAUCAAAAUUUAAUAGUUUCAAUCUCCGUAAUACACAAAACCUUCCUGUAAAAUUUCAGAGAUUUUAGACAAAAGACACAGGUGUUAUUAGAGAG